UCUCUUAGACUCAACUCUUCUUUCUUUCUUUUCCUCCCUUUUCUCUUGGGUGUCUUCACAGCAAAAAAAAGAUGAAAGCCUUUUGCAGUGCAGCAGAGCUUUUGAGCUAGGGCAUGUGUGAAGUUCCGUUCUAUAUAAAAAAAGGUCGGCAAUUGCUUUUUCAUCUCCGGGCAGGGAAUGAUUUUUCAGUUCCGAGGGCCAUGGAAGUAGAUACUGGAAAUUCGUGUUUUAUUGAGAAGCUGCCUGUAGAAAGAUACACAUCUACAAGAGAGACAAAGAAGCCCCUAGAAACUAACAAAAGCCCUGCUGCAUUUGUCAAUCACGCUGCUAUUGCUUGGCAUGAGAGCAGAAGAAAAUGGGUUGGAGAAGCAUCAAGGAAGUCAGAAAGGACGCCGAAGGACCCAAUUAUAAGUCCCUCAGAGAAAUCCUCAAUUGCCAGAGACAUGCUGAUGAGUGGAAGUCUUGAUCUUUACUGCACAGUGGAAGAUAACUUGUUGGUCAACGACCUAUGAAGAGUUGCUCUCUACAACUGACCCUUUUUCUGAGCGAAUUCCUUUAACAGAAAUGGUCGACUUUCUAGUCGAUAUCUGGCACGAUGAGGGGCUUUUCGACUAGAUAUUUAUGAAGACAAACUUCAUCUAUGUAUCUUGUGCAGAUUAUUUUGCAGACAUUUGGAAAUCUUGUGCAUCUUCGACAGUCUUUGACCCGUAAGAUAUUUAGCUUGACAUUCAACUUCUUCUAGCCAUUGAUCUUUAUAGGACCUUCCGUUUUAUGUGGUACCAUUUGUAGUCAUUGCCUAGUAACAUUAACAGGCGAACGAAGUCCUCUAUCUGAAUCAUGUUGUAUCAAAUAUUGUUAUGUAUAAGUACUGAAUUAUUUAAGCAGAUUCUUAAUAAUCCCUAAGUAGCUUUUGUUUUCAAUAA